UACUUGAUAUGUGAAAAGGAUGACAUGAAGUUGUUAAUGGCGACACAGAACUUCCUAUUGGACAGCAAAAUAUCAGUGAUACAGGGUCAGAAUGGCUGGGGAGUGACUUACACCUCUACUCAGAUCUGUGCCUUAAAAGGAUCAGCUGUGGAAAUAAGCUGCAGCUACAGAUACCCAUCCAGAAUAAACAGCCUUGAUACUACAGUUGAGAAAACAUUCUGGUUUACUAAAAUGAAUGGAAAAGAACGUGUGGAUCUGAGAACAGAGUCAGAGUACGCAGGUCGUGUGCAGUACAGCUGUAAUGAGAAGAGCUGCACUCUGAGAAUCACAGACCUGAGAGAGAGCGACUCAGCUGAGUACAAGUUCAGGUUCAUAACAAACCAACCAGGUGGGAGUUUUACUGGUUCACCUGGAGUCACUUUGUCUGUCACAGAUCCAGAUCUGCAGGUGCAGGUGAGCAGAUCUCAGUAUUCUAAUUGGGCAGAGCUGCAGUGUCACAGCAGAUGUCAUCUACCUGAUCGUCCUUCCUACGUCUGGUACAAAAAUGGACAGAUGAUUCAGGCAGAAACAUCUUCUUCUUAUUCAGUCUCCUUUGGUUCUGCAGACAGCUAUUCCUGUGCUGUGAAAGGACUGGAGGACUUCCCCUCUCCUUCAGUGUGUGUCGAUGGUCAAACCUGCAACAGAGUGACGUACACUGACAGAAGCAUCUGUGCCUUCAAAGGCUCAUCAGUGGACAUUUCUUGCACAUACAACAGUUAUAACAAUAAUUCUGAUAAAUCAACAUUGUGGUUCAGUCCUGAACGUAGUCAUCAGUGGCAGAAUCCUUCACAGCCUGAGGACCUUAGUGAAGACUCCCAGUAUGCAGGUCGUGUUCAGGUCCUUGAGACAGAGAGAGGACGCUCCACUCUGAGAAUCACUGACCUGAGAGAGAGCGACUCAGCUGAGUAUCGCUUCAAAUUCAAAACAGGGAGCUUUGAAUGGAGGAGUCGUUUACCUGGUACAACUCUGACUGUCACAGCUCUGCAGGUGCAGGUGAGCAGAAUAGCAGUCCAUCAGAGUUAUACCGAGGCAGAGCUGAAGUGUCACAGCAGCUGCAGUCCAGCUGGUCGUCUUUCCUACGUCUGGUUCAAGAACGAAGUGAAAAUCACAAGGGAGGAGACAUCUUCUUAUAAAGGCUUGUUUUAUCCCGGAGAAAACAUCUCCUGUGCUGUAAAAGGACGUGAGGACUUCCCCUCUCCGUCAGUGUAUGCUCCAAAGACCUCCUCUGUGUCAGCGAGUCCCUCUGGUGAGAUAGUGGAGAACAGUUCAGUGACUCUGACCUGCAGCAGUGAUGCUAACCCAGCAGCUAAAUACACCUGGUACAAGGAGAAUGGAAACCUCAAACCUCUCAUUAAUGAAGCAGAGCUUGUCUUCAGGUCCAUCCAGUCCUCUGACUCUGGAGAGUAUUACUGCACAGCUGAGAACGAGCUGGGGAGGAGGACAUCUGAACACAUCUCUAUUAAUGUGAGAUAUGCUCCAAAGACCUCCUCUGUGUCAGCGAGUCCCUCUGGUGAGAUAGUGGAGAACAGUUCAGUGACUCUGACCUGCAGCAGUGAUGCUAACCCAGCAGCUAAAUACACCUGGUACAAGGAGAAUGGAAACCUCAAACCUCUCAUUAAUGAAGCAGAGCUUGUCUUCAGGUCCAUCCAGUCCUCUGACUCUGGAGAGUAUUACUGCACAGCUGAGAACGAGCUGGGGAGGAGGACAUCUGAACACAUCUCUAUUAAUGUGAGAUAUGCUCCAAAGACCUCCUCUGUGUCAGCGAGUCCCUCUGGUGAGAUAGUGGAGAACAGUUCAGUGACUCUGACCUGCAGCAGUGAUGCUAACCCAGCAGCUAAAUACACCUGGUACAAGGAGAAUGGAAACCUCAAACCUCUCAUUAAUGAAGCAGAGCUUAUCUUCAGGUCCAUCCAGUCCUCUGACUCUGGAGAGUAUUACUGCACAGCUGAGAACGAGCUGGGGAGGAGGACAUCUGAACACAUCUUUAUUAAUGUGAGAUAUGCUCCAAAGACCUCCUCUGUGUCAGUGAGUCCCUCUGGUAAAAUCAUGGAGGGCAGUUCAGUGACUCUGACCUGCAGCAGUGAUGCUAACCCAGCAGCUACUUACACCUGGUACAAGGAGAACCAAACACCACCUCAGGGACUACAAGGCAUUUACCGUUUCACCUCCAUCAGCUCAGAGGACAGAGGGAACUACUACUGCAAGUCUGAGAAUCACUAUGGACAGAUCAACUCUUCAUCUCUAUUUAUAGAUGUGCAGUAUGCUCCAAAGACCUCCUCUGUGUCAGUGAGUCCCUCUGGUGAGAUAGUGGAGGGCAGUUCAGUGACUCUGACCUGCAGCAGUGAUGCUAACCCAGCAGCUAAAUACACCUGGUACAAGGAGAACCAAACACUCCAGGGACCAGAAGGCAUUUACCGUUUCACCUCCAUCAGCUCAGGGGACAGCGGGAGCUACUACUGCAAGUUUGAGAAUGAGUAUGGCCAGAUCAACUCCACAUCUGUACACAUAGAUGUCCAGUAUGCUCCAAAGCUUCCCUCUGUGUCAGCGAGUCCCUCUGGUCAGAUAGUGGAGGGCAGUUCAGUGACUCUGACCUGUAGCAGUGAUGCUAACCCAGCAGCUAAUUAUACCUGGUACAAGGAGAACGAAGACUCACCAAAAGCAUCAGGACAGAUCUUCACCAUCACUGACGUCAGACCUGAACACAGUGGGAAUUAUUACUGUGAAGCCCAGAACAGCAGAGGAAGUACUAACUCCAGCUUACAUCUGACUGUUGUGGCAGGUUCAUGGAAAUUUCCAGUUGCUCUAUCAGUCACUGUUAUUUGUCUGGUCUUCAUACUUCUCUCUGUCUUGCUAUGGAUUAGAAGAGAGAGGUCCUCGCAACAACAACCGGAGGCUGGCGAGAGACCAGACAACGGAGCACAGACAGAUGAAGUUCAGUAUGCGAGUAUACAAUUCGCUAGGAACCAGGCAGACGCUAUCUACUCCAACUUCAGCCCGGCUCAGCCUCACAGAAACGAGGAGGAGGGUGUUGUAUACGCAACUACCAACUUCAGCCCGGCUCAGCCUCACAGAAACGAGGAGGAGGGUGUUAUAUACGUGAAUACCAACUUCAGCCAAGCUCAGCCUCACAGAAACGAGGAGGAGGGUGUUUUAUACGCAACUACCAACUUCAACAGUGACCCAGGAACAAGACGUCAAGCAGCUAUGGAGGAUUUAUCUGCAGUGUAUAGCAGAGUUAACAAAAGCCACAGAGUGUGACGACAACAUGGAUCUGUGGUCUGUUUGUGUGCAUGGACAUGUUCCUUUUCUCAGCAGGUGGUCCCAUUGAGAUUUUAAUACAUUCAUCAGGACAGACUUGACCAAGAAUGCAGCAUCAAGGAAACAAUAUUUCAUUUCUCAUUUAUAUUAAUGAAGGUAGACUAAAUAAUAGACACCUCUCUAAAACAGUUUUAAACAAAAACUGAACAUUUAAAGCUUCAUAAUAAUAAUAAUAAUAAAACUUUAUUUAUAGAGCACUUAUCAAAACAAAGUACAAAGUGCUUCACAACAAGAGAAAUAAAAUACCACAGUGAAUAAUGAAAUAUAAAGAAAUAAAAUACAUAAAAGCAAUAAAAUAAAUUACCCGUUCAGGUAAAAUUAGGAUAUGCUUUCAGUUAAAAAUGUGUUUUGAGAAGAGAUUUAAAUGAAGACACUGACUCAGACAACCUAAUUUCAUCGGGCAGGUUGUUCCAGAGCCUCAGGGCCCUGAUAGCAAAAGCUCUG